UUGUACUUUGGCGGCUCCUCACAUUUAUCUAUCUUCUCCACAGUCCUUAUUCAUCUCUCUCUCUCCUCUAACCCUAGAUCCGAGGGUUUCUCACUCUUGUUUUCAGUUUUUGUUUUCGCAGACGCCUCGACCUCGCUUUGCUGUCUCUCUUUCUCAUACUCAAGCUCCAGGAUCAUGGGUGAAAUUAGGGACAACGAGGCUUACGAGGAAGAGCUUCUCGACUACGAAGAGGAGGACGAGAAAGCCCCUGACUCCGUCAACGCCAAACCCACCGGCGAAUCCGUCAAAAAGGGCUAUGUUGGAAUUCACAGUUCGGGAUUCAGAGAUUUCCUGUUGAAACCAGAGCUUCUUCGAGCCAUUGUAGAUUCAGGAUUUGAGCAUCCUUCAGAAGUGCAACAUGAGUGCAUACCUCAAGCUAUUUUAGGAAUGGAUGUCAUCUGUCAAGCAAAGUCAGGGAUGGGGAAAACUGCUGUGUUUGUUCUUUCUACUCUGCAGCAGAUUGAACCUGUUGCAGGACAAGUUGCUGCUCUUGUCAUGUGUCAUACGAGAGAAUUAGCUUACCAGAUCUGUCAUGAAUUUGAGAGGUUCAGUACCUAUUUGCCUGAUAUUAAGGUUGCUGUCUUCUACGGUGGUGUCAAUAUCAAGGUUCACAAGGAUUUACUGAAGAAUGAAUGUCCUCAUAUUGUUGUUGGUACUCCUGGAAGAAUAUUGGCUCUUGCAAGAGAUAAGGAACUCGGCUUAAAGAAUGUGAGGCAUUUUAUCCUUGAUGAGUGUGACAAGAUGCUCGAAUCACUUGAUAUGAGGAGAGAUGUGCAGGAAAUUUUUAAGAUGACUCCUCAUGAUAAACAAGUUAUGAUGUUUUCAGCUACACUCAGCAAGGAAAUUCGUCCAGUUUGCAAAAAGUUCAUGCAAGAUCCAAUGGAAAUUUAUGUGGAUGAUGAGGCCAAACUGACUCUUCACGGUCUAGUACAGCAUUAUAUUAAACUGAGUGAGCUUGAGAAAAACCGCAAACUUAAUGACCUCCUUGAUGCAUUGGACUUCAACCAAGUUGUCAUCUUUGUCAAAAGUGUCAGCAGAGCAGCUGAACUGAACAAGUUACUUGUGGAAUGCAACUUUCCUUCUAUUUGCAUCCAUUCUGGAAUGUCUCAGGAAGAAAGGUUGACACGCUACAAGGGUUUUAAGGAAGGGCACAAAAGAAUUCUUGUGGCAACUGAUUUAGUUGGAAGAGGAAUUGACAUUGAACGUGUCAACAUUGUUAUCAACUAUGACAUGCCUGAUUCCGCUGACACCUACCUGCAUCGUGUGGGUAGAGCUGGUCGAUUUGGCACCAAGGGGCUUGCAAUUACGUUUGUAUCUUCUGCAUCCGACUCUGAUGUUCUCAAUCAGGUUCAGGAAAGGUUUGAGGUGGAUAUCAAGGAACUUCCAGAGCAAAUUGAUACUUCUACAUACAUGCCAUCGUGAUGGAAAUUCUUCAGUUGGGCUUGGAUGCUUCAAGCUUCUGUGUAAUUCUAUUUAACCAUGAUUGGAAGUUUAAGAAAGCGAGUAUGGGCAGGAAAAUUUCUUGGGCAAUUGCGUUAUUUCAAUGUAGAAUACUGAAAGCAGCUGUAGGGCGAGCGGAGAUAGCCUGCUAUCUUUUGUUUCUCAACUAUCUAUCACUUUUGUUUUGCGGAUUUUAGAUUGGAAGAUGUAGGGAUUUGAAACUAGGCCUAGCUGAAUUAUUCAAGCCAGGGCUCAACAUUUGCCUGCCAACGUCCAUGGAGUAUUUAAUUUUUGUUUCCGUGUCGUAUCCUUUUUAUGGUUUUGUUUUGCAUUUGUUAAUUCUUCAUCUUAUUUGUCUUAAUUUUUCCAAGUGAUGUUUUUAAUAUCACCAAUUAAAAUGUAGUGCUGUGCUGUAUUUCCUC